AUGGAGGUGAACUCUGCAAGGUCAAUUCCUGUACCCGCGAGGGAGGGAAGAUACGAAUAUGUUGACCGGAAUCCUUUGUCUCCAAUAUCCCAUGAUAGUGCAAAUACUUCCACCCGCGAGAUCUCCCCAGUAUAUUCCGCGCCGUCACAUUCCGACUCGUCUUCCAGAGGCGUUCCUGGAAGUGCCAGAUGGCUAAAGGAGCGCAGCAAUGCCUUGGAAGCAGAGAGACUCGAUUUAGUUCAGCACACGUUAGAGCUACAGUCGCACCUCGAAGUCCUCAAGGAAAAGGCGGCAACUGCCAAGAACAUCGCUCAAUCAUCACGUUUUGCGCUUGCGCCUGAUGGGAGUGCAGCUUCGUCCAAUUGGGCGAACGAGACUGAAACCAUCAUUGACGAAAAGAAGGAGUUGGUCAAGUUGCUAGGCAUCGAAAUUGAUUGCUGA